GACAAGGGGGAGCGACGCAGAGUUUCCAUUUCCACAUCAACUGAGCAAACAGUUAGUUAGAAGCCAGUCAAGACUAACCGAUUUCUUGCUAUGAGUUCUGUAGCAGAGGACAAUGAAGGACCAAUCAUAUUGACAGGGCCCAACGAAGAGGCUCUACAUGAGUUUAGUAAUACUCUGAUGAGGGUUGCAUCUCCAGAGAUCAAAAAGAGAGACAGAGAACGACGGGUGCUCUCCGGCCAGGAACUUCUUAGAGGAAAAAUUGAUUUUAGCCGUGCCAAGUGCUUCCUUGUGAUGCCUCGUGCAAACCGCACCCUCGUCUACAUACAAGGUGACCGCUCUAGCAUGUAUCGAGAAAUCGAACACAUGUGCUCGACUUGUGAUCAAGAAGGCAACAAGCGAGUUUUUAUCGUAUUGUAUCGAAACGAAGACGCUGCACGAGGAGAUCUGUAUGAUCGCCAAAAUAUCGAUCUGUGGUGGAAUCCUGGACCACAAAAGAAACUUGAGGAGUUUGCCAGUAUGGACCAUCUCAUCAGCUUCAAAAGCAAACUAAACAGACAACAGGAGAAUGCGAUUCGCAAGUUUUUGGGAUACGAAGAUCGCAAGCGGAUGUCUCUUUCGCGACACCAGAUUUUGUUGCUCUUAGCUGUUGUGUGUAUCGUUGGGAUUUAUCUCUUGGCUACUACGCUACGGCUGGUUCGAUUUUCAACUCUGACGAACAUAAAACUUCCAACUAACGCAGGAAUGCCACUAAACGCUGAGACAGGAGUACCAAUAAGUGAUGAAAGAAAGAUGGCAACAAACGGUACAGAAAAGAGGCCAGUGAGCGCUGGAAAGGAGGUGUUAGUUGACGCUAGGAGAGAAGUACGGGCACCAUUAAUGGAUGCUACAGGAGGGGUUCUAAUGAAAGAAAGUGCUACUAAACAUAACAAGGGAAGAAAGAAAUUUAAACGUCGCAUUUCUAUGUGAAGAUGACCGGAAAGUUACAAGAGAGGUACCACUAUAGGCGCUGAAAAGGGUGCCAAUGGACGCUAGAGGAGGGAUGACAAUAAACUGUAAAAGAGGGGUACCAUACUGUAUACAGUAAAAAAGAUCUAAGAAAAUCCAUGGUUUUUGCUUUCACACUUAGACUGGUUUUUGAAUUAUUG